AUGGCCUGCUGUGCUACUAGCUUCUGUGGCUUUCCCUCUUGCUCCACUGGUGGCAUCUGUGGCUCUAGCUGCUGUCAGCCCAGCUGUUGUGAGACCAGCUGCUUUCAGCCCAGCUGCUGUGAGGCUGGCUAUGGCAUCGGUGGCGGCUUUGGCUUUGGCCAGGAGGGUGGCAGCGGAGCUGUGAGCUACCGAGUUAGAUGGUGCCGCCCAGACUGCCGCGUGGAGGGCACCUGCCUGCCCCCCUGCUGUGUGGUGAGCUCUAUCCCCCCAACCUGCUGCCAGCUGCACCAUGCCCAGGCCUCCUGCUGCCGCCCAUCCUACUGUGGGCAAUCCUGCUGCCGCCCAGCCUGCUGCUGCUACUGCUGCUAA